AGAUGAUUGGGAUUAUUACGAAGCUAGGUCGUGCUGCUGUGACUGGUCAGGGUUUUUACCUGGAUUAUCUGGAGCAAUAUUAAGCUCAGUCAGAGUCCCGACUAAAAUCCGUCAGAGAAUAUCCGUCAGGGAGGGUGCAAACUAUGGACAGGAAGCUCUGAAGUUCCAGGCAUUGGAGCUAAAAAAAAAAAGCGCAUAGUGACGGAGAGAAAGUGGCUCUGCCUGCUAGCCAGUGGCCCUACAUGCUAGCUGUCAUCUCCUCUUGGUAACACCAUCUCAGUUUGUUACAUUGUAAAAUUCCCUGAACUCCAAGAAGAAGCGAAGGCAGGACAUGACAUUUGGUCACAUAAGUAUAAUGAGACUCUUUCUGAUAUUGUUCUUAGGUGUUUACACCUUUGAAAAUGCGCCAAAGUCUUCUGAGGGCUUGUACAACUUAGCUCACUCCUUCCAGAAUUAUUCCUGGUCCAUGACCCUCGAUCAGACAAUUUGGACUCCUUCAGAUUUUAUUACUCACUGGUACUACUUUAAUCAAAUGCCAACAGAUAACCUAGUUCAUCUAAUGUGCUUGUCUGUCUUAAGAAACUGUUUUAUGUUAAAUGAAUCUUCUCUUAUACAUCUUGCUCAGAACAGGAGUAAUGACUUGGUAUCAAAUGUAAAUGGUCAAUGGAAAAGACUUAUUCUACUUUUACUCUUACUAUCGGGUAAUGUGCAACCGAACCCAGGUCCAAUUUUCAAUAACUUUGACACACCAGAAGAAUUCAAAACCAGAUCAGGUCUUGGUAUAUUACAUAUUAACUCUUGCAGUCUAUUGCCUAAGAUAGACCUGGUUAAAAUCUGGAUUGAAACAACCAAUACGGAUAUUUUAGUUUUGACUGAAACAUGGUUAAAUAAAUCCAUUACAAAUAAAGAUAUUUCCUUAGAAGGUUACAAUGUUUUUUGUUGUGAUCGCCUCAAGAAAGGUGGCGGUGUUGCCAUCUGUGUAAAAAAUAAUUUUAAUGUCACACUGCUAUCUUCUGUAUCUAUUCCAAAACAAUUUGAGUUUCUAGCCUUGAAAAUUGAAUUCACUAAGGCUCAGAAUAUCACAGUUAUAGGGUGUUAUCGACCACCUUCUGCAGGCUGUGAUGCUCUUCCUAAUUUGUACAAAUAUCUAGCUGACCUAAAUAACAAUGAAUUCGUUUUGUUAGGAGAUUUAAAUCUAGACUGGUUGACAUCAUCUUCAGAUAGCUUAAAAACUAUCUGUGAUUCUUUAAUUACCCCACCUGACCUAAUACCAAAUGUCCUCUAAAAUCAUCACUCCUUGAUCUAAUUAUGACAAACGCUCCGCAUAAAAACACAGAGAUAGGAGUUUUUGCAAACGACUUUAGUGAUCAUUGUGCAGUUGGUGCAGUUAGAAAUCUUAAGUUGCUGAAACCUAAGCCACGUAUCUUGUUCAAAAGAGAUCUAAAACACUUAAAUGAACAAGCUUUUGUUCAUGAUUUGCUACUUUUCAACUGGAAUAGGGUUUCUCUUUUUGAUAACGUAGACUUUGCCUGGGAGUAUUUUUAUGAAGACUUUUCAAGACUAAUAAAUGAACAUGCCCCUAAACGUAAAAUUAGGGUGAAGGGGAGAAAUAAUCCAUAUGUCGGGUUCUGGGGGUCUUGGUCCUUUUUUUUUUUUCCUUUUGUUUUUCUUUUCCCCUCUUCCUGGUGUCAGUCUGUAGCAUCACUGUGGCCCACUAGAUGGAGCCAGAGGUUGUCUACCUGGGAGGCGCGCCCAGGGGUUUUACGCACCUGGCGGUCGUUAUCUCAUCAUCCUCUGGAGGUUAAAGAAGCUGACUGCCAGCACUUCGACGCCGGAGUGUUUUACCUACUUGGAAUCGUUUUCGCCUCGAGACCAUUUGGAUUCUCCAGAGUGACUUUCAUCCUGGCUUUUUGGUUAAAGCCCUCCUCGUGACGCCGUGGACGUUACCCACUGGUUGCCCGAGUUCCGUCUUCACCUCUCCUGUCAGAUCUCAAGAUUCUCAGUUGUCAUCGGCUGGCAGUCGGACCUCGCCUCCACCUCCGUCAAGUCAUCACUUACCUGCCCGCCCUCCACCGCAGCCUCCUUGCUUAGGAACCCGCUCGUUUAUGGAAGCCAGAUCCGUUGACUUCAGCCUGGAACCCACAGACUAUCUCCCUGAUUGUGAUCAUUCCUUCCCACUUUUCCGCUGUCUUCCAGACUCCACCCCAGGAUCCCCACCACAUCACAUAACUUUGCCUCAAUAAAAAUCCUUAACUGAUUUCUGUUCCCUGUGGUGUUCUGCAUGUGGGCAAAAGCUUUAACGCCAACAUGACACCAUAGUUUUCCUCAGAGAUUGGGGUUCUGCUUAAACAAAGAGAUGCAGCUAGAGCAAGAACAAUCAAUACUGAGGAGAGCUGGGUUUGUUUUAGGAAACUGAGGAAUAAAUGUGCCUCAUUAAUUAAGAAAGCAAAGUCAGAUUAUUUCCUUGCUGAGAUGACAAAAAUUUAAAUGAUCCAAAGAAAUUUAGUAAAACAGUGAAUCAGCUGCUGAGCCACUGAGGGACUUUCCAAAGUUUGUUUGGAAAAAGUAAAAUGGUUUCUGAUAAAUUAGCAGUUUUAAAUUAUCUUAAUGAGCUUUUUAUCUCUGUAGGUUCUCUAUUUGAUGAUUUAAAUUCAUUCGGCCAAAUGUAAAUACUGAUGAGCUGUUUUUGAAUAAUGAUUGUAAUUCCACCACUUUUAACUUUUCCCCUAUUUGUACAGCUGAGAUUAUUAGAGAAUUAAAAACAGACAGCAGAAAAUCAGCAGGGCCAGAAAACCUGGAUCCUUUUUAUCUAAAGUUGGCUGCAGAGUUUAUAGCAGAGCCAUUGUCUCAUAUUUUAAUAUAAUCUCUAACAAAAUCCCUAGUGUCUGGAAAUCAGCAUUUGUUUUGCCUCUAUUUAAAGGUGGGGAAUCGUCACAGGUAAACAAUUACAGACCAAUUUAUAAACUAUGAAUCCUAGAAAAAAUCUUUUAAAAAUUAGUUUCAGAUCAAUCGAAGGUUUUUUUAGAUUCAAAUUGUGUUUUACAAAAUGUACAGUCUGGUUUUAUAAAGAAACAUAGCACUGUUACUGCCACUUUAAAGGUUUGUAAUGAUCUUAUCCAGGCUCUUGAUAAUAAAAACAUUGUGUUGCUUUAUUUAUUGAUCUAUCAAAGGCAUUUGACAGUAAAUCAGGCUUUUAAUUGAGAUGCUACACAGGAUUGGCUCUAGCAUCAAGCCACCAUGUUGGUAUCUGACUAUCUGUCAAACAGAACCCAGAGAGUUCAACUGGCUUCACUUCUUCUAUCCUUACUAUUAUAAAUGGUGUACCACAGGGCUCAGUUCUGGGUCCACUUUUAUUCUCUAUUUAUAUAAAUAACUUAUGUGACAAUCUGUCAAAUGCUUUUUAUCAUUUUUAUGCAGACGAUUUAAUAAUAUACUGCUAUUCUGCAUCACUAUCGCAGGCAAUACAGUAUUUGCAGUCUGCUUUUAAUGUAGUUCAAACACGUUUACAAACUCUGAAGUUGGUUUUGAAUGUGGACAAGACAAAAGCAAUGAUUUUCUCACAUGCUAGAAAACUACCAGAAACUUCCCUAUUGCUGACCGCUGCUGUAGGAGCACAAAUCAAGUUUGUCAGUAAUUAUAAAUAUCUUGGUUUUAUUCUAGAUAAUGAACUCUCUUUUAAAAAUCACAUAGCAAAUCUACUACGGACAUUGAAAAUGAAGAUUGGGUUUUAUUAUCAAAAUGGAUCUUAUUUUACACUCAAAGCUGGAAGAAAAUUGGUAGCAGCAACAUUCCUGCCACUUUUGGAUUAUGGAGAAGUUUUAUAUAUAAAUGCUUCGACCAAAUGUCUUCAAUCAUUAAAUUCUGUGUAUCAUUGCGUUUUAAGAUUUAUAACCGGUAGUAGACGUUUGACACAUCAUUGUGAUUUGUACGCAAAAGCUGAUUGGCUCCUUUAAGUGAACGGAGAAACAAUCAUUUAAUGAUCCUGAUGUAUAAAUCUUUACUCGGUCUAACCCCAGCAUAUUUAUCCACUACUCCUACAUAGAACUGUCAGUUUUCGUUCUCUUCGCUCCAAUAACAUUAUUCUUCUGCAUGUCCCACGCUUUCAAACUGAAAAAGGGAAGCAGGCAUUCAGUGUUUUGCC